AUGUCGCCUCCCUCAGCAUUCAAAUACCUGCACAAGCUUCAAGGCCAACGUGUUCUUGUGCUCGGCGGAUCAAGUGGCAUCGGAUUCGCUGUGGCCGAGGCUGCAGUUGAACACGGUGCCAAGGUUAUCAUCAGCAGCUCCAACCCAACUAGAGUGCAGAACGCCAUUGAAAGGCUCCGAAAACAUGCACAGGUGACACAAAACGCGCCUGAUAGCAUCCGUGGACAGGCUUGCGAUGUGGCCAACGCCGAUACCGUGGAGAGGAACUUGAUCGAACUUUUGGACUUCUCUACAGCCGAAGGCAAGCUCGACCACGUCGUCUACACCGCGGGGAAUGGCAUUUCCAUCCCUAUCCUUGCGAACACCAGCCUUGAUGAGAUAUAUGCAGCAAGCAUUGUCCGACAACACGCGCCUACCUUGUUGGCAAAGCAUCUGCCUAAUUACGUGACUCAGAGCACCAACAGCUCCUUUACCCUGACCAGCGGUAGCUAUGCUCGGAGACCUGGGCAAAAUUGGUCAAUCAUUGCGGGUAUUGGAGCUGCCGUUGAAGGAUUGACUCGAGGAUUUGCCGUUGAUAUUAAGCCCAUCCGUGUCAACGCGGUGAGACUUGGUAUCAUACCUACAGAAUUCUUUGAGCACUUACCAGAGGAGCAGCGGCAGAUUUUCAUUGAGGCGUCGACGAGGGAUAACGUCAUGGGGAAACUUGGGAAGCCGGAGGAAGUAGCUGAAGCCUAUUUAUACUCGCUGAAGGAUACUUUUACAACAGGUUCGGUCAUCACUACCAAUGGCGGACAACUGAUUGGCCGUAGCGAUGAGUAG